AUGUCCAAGCUGGUCGAUGGGGAAGAGACGGAAAUUUGCGCAUUUCGGAAGUCCGCUUUACCGGUCCAUGCCUUGGAUCUUCACACAGGUUCACACGUGAAUGUAAUCAACACCAAAUUAGCACCAGGCAGACUGUCCCCUUUCCAUUCCAUCCGUCUCCAUGUUGCAGGCAAAAAGAAGGCUGUCGCCACUCUGGACACGAAAUGUACAGUAGGGCAUCUUGGUCGUUCUAGAAGCACCAGCGGCGAGAUUGCGCACUCCGGAGAAACCCUUUUCCGAUAUCAAAGGAAAGCUCGAAACUUCAGAGGCGAUGCAGCGCAAUUUGGCCACAGCUACCACUUCAUCAGGCCAAAGCCACUCCACGCGUUCAUCUUUGCGCUUCUUUGUCGCAGAACAACCCCCGCAUCAGCCGCCAACAUGUCCUGGAGAAGUCAAGGCAUCACGGGCUCCAACAACAUCCCGCUUGGGAAAUCGCGACGCUUCGGCGGCGAAGAGGAAGAGAAUGGCAUCGAAGAACGCGAUCUCAAACGGGGCCGCGAUCCUGAACCACGAAGCGAAGCCGAUGGCCCUCGUCGUCGCAAGAAGCGCAAUCGAUGGGGCGACGCGUCCGAGAACAAGGCUGCCGGUCUUAUGGGGCUCCCGACCGCCAUUCUCUCGUCCAUGACGAGCGAGCAGCUCGAAGCCUACACUCUGCAUCUUCGUAUUGAGGAAAUCAGCCAGAAGCUUCGCAUCGACGACGUCGUCCCCGCAGAUGGUGACCGAUCCCCAUCACCGCCCCCCCAGUACGACAACCAUGGUCGACGUAUCAACACCCGAGAAUAUCGUUAUCGAAAGCGCCUCGAGGACGAACGCCACAAGCUGGUCGAAAAGGCCAUGAAGACCAUUCCUAACUACCACCCGCCCCAGGAUUACCGCAGGCCAACAAAGACCCAGGAGAAAGUCUACGUGCCUGUUAACGACUACCCGGAGAUUAACUUCAGUAUGAUUGCUAACCCUUUAACCCUAACCACUAACUCCCCCUUUCUUUCCUUCAACUUGGACUAUGAUCAGACCCUCGUUACUAUGCCGAUAUGCGGCGUUCUCUCCCCCAAAGUUGGUUUACUUAUCGGACCUCGUGGUAAUACACUAAAGAAGAUGGAGAAUGACUCUGGAGCCAAGAUUGCCAUUCGUGGCAAGGGCUCCGUGAAAGAGGGCAAGGGUCGUUCUGACGCAGCUCACUCCAGUAACCAGGAGGAAGAUCUUCACUGUUUGAUCAUGGCAGAUACCGAAGAAAAGGUCAACAAGGCGAAGCAGCUGAUCCACAACGUCAUUGAAACCGCGGCUUCGAUUCCCGAAGGCCAAAACGAGCUCAAGCGUAACCAGCUUCGAGAACUUGCAGCGCUCAACGGAACUCUUCGAGACGACGAGAACCAAGCCUGUCAGAACUGUGGUAAGAUUGGACAUCGCAAAUAUGAUUGUCCUGAGCGACAGAACUACACCGCCAGCAUCAUCUGCCGAGUUUGUGGCAAUGCAGGCCAUAUGGCUAGAGAUUGUCCGGAUCGCCAGAGGGGUGCCAAUUGGCGCAACGACGCGGGUGGCCGACCUGCAGGUAGGAUCGGGGGUGGUGAUGCCGUUGAUCGUGAAAUGGAGCAACUCAUGCAAGAACUUGGCGGCGGCUCCGGAGCUGCCCCGGCGCAGAUUGAGGCUGGCCCAAGUAGCAACAGCAACUACAACGGGAACAGCGAUGCGAAGCCAUGGCAGCGAGGACCUACCGGUGGACCUGCACCAUGGAGAUCCCGCAACCAAGACUCUAACGAUGGGGGCAAUGGAGGAAGCUCUGCGGCUCCUUGGGCUCGCGAUCGCAAUCGCGGCCACGAGAACAGCAACGGCAACGGCCAUGGCGGCGAAAACAACUACUAUGGACAGAACUAUGGCUCUUCGUCUGGAGGAGCAGCCCCGUGGCACCAACAGGCUCACCAGGCACCUCAACACCAGGCUCCUGGAAUGGGUGGGUAUCCCAACUACGCUGCGUAUGGUGGCUAUGGCGCUGCACCUGGUAUGGGCGCUCCUCCUGGCCUCCCUCAAGCUGGUGCUGCCGGUCUAUCUGCUCCUCCAGGUCUGGGUCCCCUCAAUGCUCUCAUCCAGCAGUACGCAGGCUCCGCACCGCCUCCUCCUCCUCCUUCUGGAGAUGCUCCUCCUCCACCCCCGAGCGAUCAGCCCCCGCCGCCUCCGCCCCCUGGCGCGUAAUCAUUGGCCACGUAACUUGGGCCAACUGCCUUUACUCAAAUAUACUCAACAGACUGUAAUAGGGAUCAAAGUAACAUGAGACCGUACUCACAGGAUUUAUUCGACGGAUAGUGUUCAAUUCGGGGCUCAAAGAAAGAAAGAAAGAAAGAAAGACAGCCCAAUUGCUCUUGGUCCGAAUCAUGGGAUUUUUUACAUCACCUCACCUCUAGGCUGUUAUGGCUUCGUAGUAGGCCUCUUUGCAUGUUUGUCCGUUUGGGGAAGCAGACUAAUCGCACAGGCUCUUUAUCUUUGUUUUCUGCAACUUUACUCUAUAAAUGUAUCAAGUGUAGCUGUAUGGAAUAAUGUCCUGUUUUAG